GAGCUAGAAGAUUGGGGUGAAAGCGAACCGACCAACGUGGAUAUAUCCUUUCUUGAAGGACCGAAUAGCACGUUUUCACUCGCACAACCAAUAUCAGAUCGAGAUGGUCAGAAAUCCGGAGGCGAAGUGGUUUUGGCCGAAGUCAGUGUUCACUACGGACAGAAGCUGGCUAGGAGGUCAAACAUGAUUGUUGCCAUCAAGGAUUUAUCACCGUCUGUCGACAUCACUUCUUUGGAAGGUGGGAACCGAUCAUCAGCCGUCUUCGAGACUCUCGACCAGGCCUGCCAGAGCUACUUUUACCCCACUGACCCCGAACAACCGAACUGGAAGCCCUUAUCGAUGAGGACGCCAUAUAUCAUUAUGUUGGUUGUGGUGUCUCUCGUUUUGGCGGGGGUGGAGGAGUACCUGUGCCAAAAGUCCAGAUCCCUCGAAAAGGAAGGUAAAGGCUUAAUUCAGUAUAACACAGUUGCCGACAUCCCUGUCAUUGAGUUCUUCUGCUGGAAGUACCUCCCGACCAUGGUAAUGGUCAGCUAUGGUGUUCUCUGGCAGAUCACUGACUACGAGGUGAAACGAUUGGAGCCGUACUUCCAACUGUCUCGCCCGGGCGGCAACACUGCCGCGCAAAGCUUGAACCUCGACUAUGUGACCCAAUGGACCUAUCUUACUCCCAUUAAAGCAUUCUAUUACCGACAGUGGGCUGUCUUUGUUGCCUGUAUUGGCUCCAUCCUCGCUACUGCGGCCGCUCCCUCUCUACAGAGUCCCACGAUUGCUCCUGUCCGCAAUCCCCUGUGCACCGGCUCUCAAGACGACACAGACUGCACAUUCGAGUACUUUGUCCGCAUCAGCUUGGUCUGGUCGCGCCUCCUGACCGCCUGUCUGAUCAUUGUCGCCCUGCUGGGGAUUGUUCUCAUGGUGCAAUUGCGCAGAAAGUCCGGGUUGCUCAGUGACCCGCGUGGAAUUGCCGGCGUCGCAGCCAUGGCCACCAAAUCACACAUCCUCGCCGAUUUCCAGGGGAUGGACGAGGCCACCACGGAUGAGAUCCACCAGAGGCUUCGCCACCGGCGCUACAUCCUGCACAAGUCCACUAUCUGGCAAGGUGAAUACAUGAGACAGAGUGAACACGACCCGUACGCAGAACGCAAAGCCACCAACCCGCACCCAAUCAUCCUUCGCAGCCACUCCCUUCUCGCCCUGGUGGGCUUCCUCUUUGUCGUCCUCCCCUUCGUCCCCGUCAUCACCUACACGAAUCUCAACGUGAUCCCACAGAAUCUCCCCUGGCUGCCCGUGCUGGUCGCCACGCUGAUCAAGCAACUCUGGACGACGCUCGAGUUUGCCGUCAAGAUGAUCGAGCCCUUCCACACGUUGUACAGAGGCAAUGCCCGGCCCGAAGUGACACUCACCCUCGACUACCAGGGGACCCCUUACGGCCUGCUCCCGCUCAAAGCAGCAUGGAACAGACACUACCUCGUCGCGCUGGUCGGUCUGGGCUCCGUAUUGGGAGAUAUCCUAACCGUAACGGCAUCGUCGCUCGCGCUCACCAACGAGACGUACAAAUCCUUCACGGCCUCGUCCGGCAUCUCCAUCACAAUCAUCCUCCUCCUGAUCGUCUCCGCGCUCGCCGUAUACGCCCACCGGCGCCACACGUUUCUCCCGCGCCAGCCUUCAACCAUCGCCUCCGUCCUAGCUUUCAUCCACCAGUCGCGCAUGCUGGAUGAUUUCGUCGGCACGGAACGCUACACAAAUAAAGAAAUGGAAGCCGUCCUCGUCGCGAAAAACAAACGCUACGCGCUCGGCUGGUUCAAGGGACGAGAUAGCCAGCCUCACUGUGCUGUGGACGAGGAACCAAUGCUGAGCAGGUAUAAGCAUGGGGUCAGCUAUUUGCAGGCCCAGGCGCCUUGGGUAGAGAAUGUCUGAUUUUUUUUCUCUCCUUUGUCACCGUUCAUGCCUAAUGUUUUUACGAAUAGAUAGAUAGCUAUUACUAUUACUAUUAUUAUAUAGAACAUUCUUAAGUCAAGUCAAUACAUUAGUUC